AAGAUCUGCAAAGACUUGGACAAAGACGACGGUUUCCCUCGAGUUUACUCUUACUGCCAAUGGAAUGAAUACAACGUUUUGGUGACCGAAGUGUUGGGUCCGUCGCUGUCGGAGAUGUUUGACACUCAUAACAGUCAAUUCAAUCCGAAGACAGAACUUUAUAUCGUCUUUCAAUUGAUUCAUCGGAUUCAGAAACUACAUGAACUCGGGUUUAUAAUCCGUGACAUAAAUCCCGAUACUCUGGUGUUGGGCCCAAAACAGACUAAGAAGGAGAGUAUCAUUCACUUGACUGACUUCUCAUUAGUCAAACGCUAUACUUCGGACCCAAACAACCCUCUAAAGCAUAUACCGAUGACAAGCGGGCGAUCGCUCAACAGUUGGCCGCGUUAUGCGAGUAUUAACGCACAUUUGGGACUAGAGGUGUCCCGACGCGAUGACAUGGAGUCCAUCGGCUAUUUGAUUGUCUAUUUCGCAAAACACGGCAAACUUCUGUGGACUGAUCAGGGAUUUACGGGAGAUGUUAAGCAACAGAUCGGCGAAUAUAAAAGAUGUACACCUAUUGAGAGACUGUGUAGUGAUAUUCCCAACGUUUUCGCCAAAUAUCUACGAAUUGUCCGGAAUUUGGAGUUCGACGAAACCCCAGAAUACAUGAAACUAAAGCUUAUGUUUUACCAACACUUUCUCGACGCUGAGCUCGAAGACGAUGGUCUGUACAUCUGGUCCACAAAUGCGCCCAAAUAG